GGGUCGGGCGGGAGUGCUGGACUUCCUCCUGGUGGACGGCAACAGGAUGCCCAAGGACCUGCCGGUGCCCGCUCGCACGGUGGUCAAGGGCGACGCCACGUGCAGCUGCAUCGCCGCGGCCAGCUGCAUCGCAAAAGUCACUCGAGACCGGCUGAUGUUGGAGCUGGACAAGCAGUACCCGCAGUACGGCUUCGCGCAACACAAGGGGUACGGCGUGCCGGCGCACAUGGAGGCCAUCCGUACACACGGACCGAGUGCCGUACACCGACGCAGCUUUGAGCCCAUCAAGAGCAUGACGGGUUGGAGCCGGGAGGAGAUGCUGCGGCAGGAGCGAGGGGAG